CCAGGGCAGGCCAAUGGGGCAGAGUGCAGUGAGCAGAAACCCUCAGGCAAGCUGAGCCUCUCUUCCAGGAGGAUGAGGAACUUAGGGGCUGCCGUUUCCACCUUUAUCCUUGUGGCUGUCCUUGGAUCCCAGGCUGGGCUCACACAUGCAACAAGGGAAAGGAGGGUCAUUCAUCGCAUUGAACCUCACGAACCUCACGCAGUUUACCAAGGCAUUGGAGACGCUCCAGACUGUUGCGUCUCCUACGCCUCACGGAUCCCGUGCUCAAGAUUUGUAUAUUAUUUUCCAACCAGUGGUGGGUGCAACAAUCCAGGCAUCAUAUUUGUCUCCAAGAGGGGGAUCCGGGUCUGUGCCGACCCCCAUGAUCAGCGAGUUCAGGAAUGCAUAAGACGGCUGAAGCAAAUCCUGGGACCUGGGAGCACAGCCAUAGCUUGAGGAGGCCUUAUACUGUCAGUCACUUCUUCCUGUCAUUCCCAGCGGCCACCUAGGAGGCUCUAAGCAUUUAUUUUUUUAGAUGUUUAAAACGUUCAUUCUGCUUUUCUGGUUGAAAGCAGCUCGUGUAGUAUUUAUAUGGACUUUUUUUGUUGUUUUUUGCAUAAUUCCUCAGCAGACCAUAAACAGAUAAACUAUUAGAGUGGCCUCUGGGGGCUUCGGAAUGUGUCUGGCUCUGAUACUAACUUAAGCCACGUACAUCAAGCCAAUAUGAAAUGGGUUUUGCCCUAGCCCAUACACAUAUUCAACUUUGUGAGGGCCCAGCUGUUUUUCUACCACCCUAGAGCAAUAAGCAUCACCCUCACCCCCAAAAAAUAAAGUGCAUCCAUGUAGCCGCA